AUGUCAAAAUUCCAAACCUUCGUUUUAGUUACUGCUGCCAUAUUCUUAGCUCUUUUAUGGACUGCUUCAGCCCAAGUCCCAUGUCACAUACCUACUCCCGGAGGUCAAAUUAACGUUUUUACACCAGGCGCAGGAACUUAUUCUAAGACUUCAUAUCAAGCGGUUGACUGGAGUACUAACGGUUCAGUUCAACAUGUCAAGGUCUGUAUUGGCCAAAAAGGUACUAAUGGUGGAUGCGACAAUCCUUGUUUUAAAUUAAUCGCUGAUAACGUCCCAUUCGGAUAUGGCACUUCUCCUACUUUCCAAACCGAUUUCCCAGGAUCUGAUUUCUUCGCUUUUGUGCAAAGCGAUGAUAAUCUAAAUAUUUGGGGUGCUGGGCCGCUGUUCAAUGUUGCGGCGUCGUAA